AGCCGGAAAAACAACCAACCUUUUCUCCUCCCAAUUUCCUCCACCCACGAACUCGUCGUCUCCCAUCCCCCGCCGCCGCCUCUACCCCCUCCCUCCUUCCCUCCGUUCUCCCACCCCACCAAAACCCUAGCCGCCGUGCUCCAGCGCCCUGCCCCUCCCUCUCCCCCCACCGCCACGGCCGCCUAGAUCCCUCCGGAUCCCGCGCGCGCCCUAGGGCUCCAGGGCCCCGCGUCGCAAGCGCCCGCAUCUGACUCGGUGGUGGUGCUCGCUUUAGGGUUGGCCCGCCAUGCCGCGGAGCUCGCGCCACAGGUCGCACCGGUCCCACAGGCGGGGAGGCUCCGCGGACCGGUCGGAGUCCGAGGGCGAGGAGUCGGCUCCGGCCGUCGGCGCGCGGGAGGAGGCCGCGGCGGCGGCUAGGGUUUCUCGAGAUCCUGAGCCCGAGAGGCGCCGCUCGUCCUCGGGCAAGGAGGCCGUGAGAUCGGGGAACGGGUACGCGGAGCACGGGAAGAAGAGGAAGGAGAGGGUUGAGGAGGCCGUGGUGGAUGUGGUUAGCGACCGAUGGAACAGCGGCGUCUGCGACGAUCACCUGGUCGACAAGAGGUCCAAGAGCGAGACUUUUGGGCAUGCUGAUACGGAGAAACUGCCCGACAAGUCCAGGGGAUCAGGGGACGAGUCCAAGAGGUCAAGCAGACGGGCAGUGGUUGUGGAUGACAGGGCUGAGGAGGUUGUGUCGAAGAGUGACUCUGGGAAGCGGCGGUCGGAGAAGGAGAAGGAUUUGGGGAGGAGGGAGAGUACCGGGCACUACAAGGAUGACAGAUAUAGGGAUAGAGAAAGGGAUAGGGAAAGGGAGAAAGAAUGGGAGCGGCAGAAGGAGCGGGACAGGGAAAAGAGCAGGGACAGAGAGCGCGAGAAGGAAAGAGAGCGAGAGAAGGAGAGGGAGAGAGAGAGGGAGCGGGAGCGGGAGAAAGAUAGGGAUCGAGAGCGGGACAGGGAGAGGGAGAGGGAACGGGAGAGGCAGAAGGAGCGGGAGAGAGACAGGAAAGACUAUGAUUCCAAGCAUGAGAGGUAUGAGGAUGGGGGUAGCAGGAAGACUGGCUCGAAGACAAGUAGGGCAGAAGAGGAGGCCUACUCCUACAGGAGAGACACAGAGAUCAAUGAAAUUUCUGCAAAAGAGAAGUACAAUAAUCCUGAGAUGCAACCUGACAAACACAGCCGAAGGAAAGAUGAUUCUGAAGAUACAGAUAAGUGGCCUGCUGAUAAUAGAGACAGUGAUGACAGAAAGACUCUGUCCAGAUAUGAACAUGGUAAAUCUAGGAGUUCUAAGGAACAAAGGUUUGAUGAUGACAAGUAUAAGGAAAAGUAUAAGGAUGAUUAUGGAAGGGAUAAAAGACAACAAGAUGACAAGUUUCUUGAUGAGCGCGUGACCCGUGGUCAUGAAAGUGACAGGGCUGAUUAUAAGAGUGCUAAAGAUGGGCACAGAAGCUCUGAGAGCCAUUACAGAAAGGAAGCAGUUCAAGAUGGUGAUCAUUAUGAGGAUUAUAGCAAUAGGUAUAAGGAAAGUAGGGGGAAAAAACGACCUGAGGAAAAUGAUGACCAAUAUGAUUCAAAGCCUCCAAGCACAUGUGAUCAACGUGUAAAUUUGGAAAAAUCUUCGGGCAGUGGGCGUUUGGAUUCUCUGAUUGAGAGAGCAAGACCUGAUCGUAGUUCUAGUCCAAGUAAAAUCCAUUCAAGAAGUUCACCUAGCCCAAGUUCUUAUCACGACAAAGAUCAAAGCCGGCAUGGAUCUAAGGCGAUGGAUCAUGGAAAGAGAGAAAUGCCAUAUGAUGAGAGAAAUAGUCGACCGAGAACAUCUUCCGGGAGAGAAAGGACACCUGCUUCUAGGCUUCGUGACAGGGAUGCAGAAAAUUGGUCUUCUGAAAGGCUCAAACAGAAGGAUGAUCACCAGCCUCGUGAUGUACCAUUGGAAAUUUCUGCAUCAUCACAGUAUGAUCGCACACCUAGGAAAGACAAGCAUACUUCACCAAAACAAUUUUCUGAAAAAUCUCCAUCUUCAGGCGACCAAAGGUUUUCAGGUAGGCUUAGUGGUGGGCGUAGUCUUGAUAGUAAAGGAGAAAGAAACAGCCUUACAAAAUACAGAGAUCGAGAUGGCGACCUGUCCCAAGAACGAUCACAUCAUCAAGAUAGAACACCAGCUAAAGUUCCGUUCAGAGAGCCAACACCUUCUGGUUCAUCCAUGAGUAGAGGUGGUCAUUUUUCAGGAACUUCACCAAAUCAUCCUCUGCCACCUUCCAGGCACAGAAAUGACGACUCCUUCUUGGGUUCGCAUGAUGAUGACCGUAGGCCUCAAAGUGGAGAUCGAAGGUUCCAUGGUCAUCAAAAGAGGAAUGAUAUGAAUUCUGUACGUGGACAUGGACAUGCCUGGAACAAUCCGCCAAACUGGCCUUCUCCAGUUUCAAAUGGUUUUGUUCCCAUUCAACAUGGUGCUCCUGGAUUUCACCCACCUGUUCAUCAAUUUCCGGGGCCACCUAUGUUUAACCUUAGGCCUCAAAUGAAGUUGAACCAACCUGGAGUUUCAUAUCCCAUGCAUGACGGUGUUGACAGGUUUUCAACUCACAUGCGCCCAUUUGGGUGGCCUAAUCCUCUGGAUGAAUCAUGCCCACCUCACAUGCAAGUUUGGAAUGGAGGCAGUGGUGUGUUUCCCAGCGAACCAUAUCUGUACAGUAGGCAAGAGUGGGAUCAGAACAGACCUCAUGCUGGCAGCAGAGGAUGGGAGCUGACUGGUGAUACAUCUAAGGGACUAAAUGAAGUGCCUGAUGCUGAACUUCCAGUUGCUAAGAAGGAGCCUGACUCCGCAGCAACCGCUAUUUCUGAUUCUUCUAGUGGACAACACAAUCUUCAACCUCUGGUCGAGCAAAAGGAAAUUGAACACUUGACUUCUGAACACUUUGAAGCAAAGGAUGAUUCUAAAAGUGCUUUGAAAAGUUUGGAAGCUCCUCGAGGAGCACAACUUGUGACUUCUAUGUUGUCAAAGAAUGGCGCAGUCUUUUGUAAAAGCUAUCUAUCCAGAAUUAGUGUGUCACAUGAUCUAGUUGAGUCUGAGUUGUACAAAAGGUGCAUAUCCUUGCUGGGAGACUUGGGUGUAGCAAAAGCCCCUAUUGUGGUUAGGAAUGAACUUAGUCAGCGGGAUGAUGGAAAUAUUAGAAAGAUAACUGAAAACUAUGGAAGCCCAAAUCCUUUCAGUUCACUUUACCUCAAGAGUAACAGUGCUAUCUUUCAGAGAGCUUUGGCCCUUCACAAGAACCAGACUGGAAAGGGUUUAGUUCCUACCUUUGCAUCUGUAAAAAUGGAAGAGAAGAUGGACGCACCAGAAGGUAGUCAAGAUACAGAAAUGCUUGAUUGUACUUCAAAGGAAUCAAUGGUGAGCAGCCCUGCUCUGCAACAUCACACUGAUGUCAUGGAGGAACGGUCACCAUCAAAACAGGAACUUGGUGAUAGGAUAGGGGUGGCAACUGCAGCAGCUACAGAAUCUGGUGGUGUGGAGGCACCUCCAGCAAUCACACAACCUGAUGAAGAGAUGGAGGUCGUGGCACCACCAGCAAUAACAUCGCCUGGCAAGGAUAUGGAGGAUGUGAUACCUUCAGAAAACGAAGUACCAGCUGAUGGCCUGGAGGAUGGUGAACCUCAAGCAACCCUAGAACAUGCUGGUGACUUGCUGGAAGUUAUAUCUGCUGAUGGCCUGGAGGAUGUUGCACAACCUUCAGCUGAUGGAGAAUCAGGUGAUAACAUGGAGAUUAUGCCCCCUGCUAUGACAGAUCCUAGCCUAGGCAAGGAGGAGGUUGCUCCUGUUGCUGCUAGCCCCCCUGGCAGUCAAGAGAGACCCUUCAUCAUGCAUGCAGAUGCUGAGACAGGUAUGGAGGAUCAGAUUGGUAAAGUUAUUGAUGAUAAUCCUGGGGAUGGUGAGGUGAGCUCUAUCCUUGCCACAAAGCUUGAUGUCGCUGCAAGCGAUGAUCAGGAUUCUGAAGCUUUGUUGGUGGAAAGUAGGGUAAAUUUAAGUCGGAUACCUAAUUCCCCAGAAAGUACACAUUGAACUCCUUUUUAUUCCAUUUUAAUUCCUUUUUUGUCUGAGGGACUUGUGCCCUCAGCCUAGCUUUUUGAGCUGCGUUAUUUUCUUUACAUCUGGGCAUCUUCUCUUUCUAGUGUAACAUUCGCAGUGAGCUAGGUGCCUAGCUUAUGGGAACUUGCACGUGCCUGUGGGAUGCAGGACCUGCUGCAUGGCAUGCCUCAAGCAGCCCGUGCCCAUCCAGCAGCGUUUCUUGUUAUCUGCUUGCUUGUAUGCCCCAUUGGCAUGAAUCUCACUGCAGCUUUUGCUAAGCGUCCCCUAUAGCUCGGCCACUCAUUGCAUGAUGCUUUUUUCUGGGAUGGUAUAUUUAGCUUGGCCAACUAGUGUUUUGUCUAUCUGCAGCAAAUUAGGUGCCUCAUUAUCCCCUUAGAAGAUUAGAAGAUGAACGGCAGCCUAUUUGAAAAUUGUGCUAAAUAUAUGGGUUUAAAUUUUGGUUU